AUGAACAGUAACUUCUGUCGGGCCCUUGUGGACUGCGGGGCUCCCAGCGGCAUGCAGUUGGGUGUCGUGGCCCCUGCUGGACAGACGCCGCUGGCAGCCACCGAGCCCCUGGGCAACGUGCCCUUCUUACUGUACCCGGGCCACGCCGAGCCGCCUUACUACGACGCCUACGCUGGGGUAUUCCCCUACGUGCCCUUCCCCGGCGCCUUUGGGGUCUACGACUACCCGUUCGAGCCCGCCUUCAUCCAGAAGCGCAAUGAACGUGAGCGGCAGCGCGUAAAGUGCGUGAAUGAGGGCUACGCGCGCCUCCGCGGCCACCUCCCCGGAGCCCUGGCGGAGAAGCGGCUCAGCAAAGUGGAGACCCUGCGCGCCGCCAUCCGUUACAUCAAAUACCUGCAGGAGCUGCUGAGAGCCGCCCCCGACGGCGGUGAUCCACCGGCUGCCACCUCCCCGCCACCCGUCCGCACCGGCCAGGGCAACUCGCCGCAGCCCCCCUUCCGGGUGACGGAGUCCAGUGGGUCCUCCCCUUUCUCCCCCUCGCCCUUCUUGGAGUCCGAGGAACCCAGUCUUUGA